CCCUUUAUUCUUUAAAUUACCAUUCCGGAUCUUUCUAUGCUUAUAACAAAACAAAUCAACUCUCUCAUUUAAAUGUUCUUCUUGGUCCUCUCAUUUCUCUCAUUAUAGCCUUCCAUAAUAAAUAAAUUAACAAAAAAAAUUGCAUACUUUCGCCUUAGGUCAACCAAAUCAUCACCACAAAAGCUGGAAAACUUCAAAGAAAGUUUUCUUUUCCUUUCCAUAGAAGAUGAUGAUCAACAACAACAGUUUCACAGAGAAAAUGGAGAGAUGUCAACAAUAUAUUGAUGCUCUUGAAGAAGAAAGAACAAAGAUUCAAGUUUUCUCUAGAGAACUUCCACUUUGUCUUGAACUUGUCACUCAAGCUAUUGAAACAUACAAGCAACAAUUAUCUGGGACAACAACAGAGUACAACCUUAAUGCACAAUCUACUGAAUGUUCUGAGGAUGAACAUACAUCUAGUGAUGUUCCUGUUUUGGAAGAAUUUAUUCCAUUAAAAAGAACGUUUUCUCAUGAAGAUCAAGAUGAAGAUGAAGAAAAUGAAUCUCAUAAAUCAAAAUCUUUUAUUAAUAACAAUAAUAAUAAUACUAGUAAUUCUACUAGUUCAAAGGACACCAAAAAUAAAAAAUCUGAUUGGCUUAGAUCUGUUCAGCUCUGGAAUCAAACUUCAGAUCCCAUUCCAAAAGAGGAAUUAACACCUAAAAAGGUGUUGGUUGUAGAAGUGAAGAAAAAUGGAAGUGGAGGAGCAUUUCAUCCUUUCAAGAAAGAGAAAAAUGUUGUCGCCGCCGCGGAAGAAACACCGGUAAUUAACGGUGUUACUCCAGCGGCGACAACUAGUUCCACGGCGGAAAAUGGCGGCGGAACUAAGAAAGAAGAUAAAGAUGGACAAAGAAAACAAAGACGGUGUUGGUCACCAGAGUUACAUAGAAGAUUCUUACAUUCCUUGCAACAACUUGGUGGCUCUCAUGUUGCUACUCCAAAACAAAUUAGGGAGUUAAUGAAGGUGGAUGGACUCACUAAUGAUGAAGUUAAAAGUCAUUUACAGAAAUAUAGAUUACACACGAGAAGACCUAGUCCUUCAUCAAUUCACAACAAUCACCUCCACCAAUCACCACCACAAUUCAUGGUCGUCGGAGGAAUAUGGGUCCCACCACCGGAAUACGCUGCCGCCAUAGCCGCUGCAGCACCAGCGGCCUCGGGCGAAGCGUCGGGAGUUGCCAACUCAAAUGGAAUCUAUGCCCCUAUUGCCACCCAUCCAAAGGGUCCACUCCAUGAUCAUGCAUCUGGAGGAACCCUAAAACAAUUAAGGCAACACAACAAGAAGUCGUCGCGCUCAGGGCAACACAACAAGAAGUCGUCGCGCUCUGAGCGCGACGACAGCUACUGUCACAGUGAUGGUGGCGACGUGCAUUCGAAUUCUCCGGCGACGUCCUCUUCUACACAUACCACUACUGCUUCACCAGCUUACUAAAAAAAGUUUAGAAUUUUUUUUGUAAUAUAUUUUAUUUUUCAUCUUUUCCACGAUAAAAGUAGAAAGUCAUAUAGAGUUAAUUUUUCGGUUUUCUAGAAGUAAAAAAAAUAACUUAUCGUAUUUAUUUGUGUCUUUAGUUUAUAUUUUAAAAAAUAUAUAUCUUUUGUGAUAUCUUUUGAGGAUCUUUCAGACGCAUUUUG